ACUAGUUCAGCGAUCGCAACUGAUAUAAAUUUACCACGAGCAGCUACUGCCCGGCUCUUCCUCUAAAGCAAACGGACAAAAAACUUCCCACCAUGCCGAGCCUUGAAUCCAUCAGAAAGGCACCAAGAGCCAACGGCUUCGCCUCCAUCUUAGCCAUCGGAAGGGCGAAUCCAGAAAACUUCAUUGAACAGAGCACCUACCCAGAUUUCUUUUUUCGCAUCACCAACAGCGAGCACUUGGUCGACCUUAAAAAGAAAUUUCAACGCAUAUGUGACAAGACAGCAAUUAGAAAGCGUCAUUUCGUCUGGAACGAGGAGUUCAUCACUACAAAUCCCUGCCUCCACACAUUUAUGGACAAAUCUUUGGAUGUUAGGCAAGAGGUUGCUAUAAGGGAGAUACCAAAGCUGGGCGCGGAGGCAGCAGCCACGGCAAUUCAGGAAUGGGGGCAGCCUAAGUCCCGCAUCACUCACCUCAUCUUCUGCACCACGAGCGGCAUGGACUUACCUGGUGCUGACUAUCAGCUAACCCAAAUUCUUGGCCUCAACCCAAAUGUCGAGCGUGUCAUGCUCUAUCAGCAGGGUUGUUUCGCUGGCGGAACCACGCUCCGUCUCGCUAAGUGCCUUGCCGAGAGCCGCAAGGGCGCACGUGUUCUUGUGGUUUGUGCAGAGACCACCACUGUGCUAUUUCGUGGACCGUCUGAGGAGCACCAAGAAGACCUCGUGACCCAAGCUUUAUUUGCUGAUGGUGCCUCUGCACUUAUAGUGGGGGCCGAUCCAGAUGAAGCGGCCCAUGAGAGGGCCAGUUUCGUCAUAGUCUCUACAUCUCAAGUCUUAUUGCCGGACUCUGCCGGUGCUAUUGGAGGCCAUGUAAGCGAGGGAGGCCUCUUAGCCACGCUCCAUAGAGAUGUUCCAAAAAUUGUUUCUAAGAAUGUUGAAAAGUGCUUGGAAGAGGCGUUCACCCCUUUUGGCAUUACGGAUUGGAACUCAAUCUUCUGGGUGCCGCAUCCUGGUGGUCGAGCCAUUCUAGAUCUGGUGGAGGAGAGGGUGGGGUUGAAGCCAGAGAAGUUGUUGGUUUCUAGGCAUGUACUUGCAGAGUACGGUAAUAUGUCGAGUGUUUGCGUGCAUUUUGCCCUUGAUGAGAUGCGCAAAAGAUCUGCAAUAGAAGGUAAAGCUACAACCGGUGAGGGCCUUGAGUGGGGUGUAGUUUUUGGAUUUGGGCCAGGUCUGACCGUUGAAACAGUAGUUCUACGCAGUGUCCCUCUCUAACUGAAUUUGCUGCUCAUCAAGCUUUGCCGUCAUUGUUGUUCAUGUAUUUUGUUAGAAGUGCUUCUAUUGUAAGGCUUGCAACAAAUCUUUAAUUUUGACUUUUUCUUUCUUUAAAGGCUACUUAUGUCAUGUCUUUUACUUCAAAAAAUAAGGAUUAUAUUGAAUAUUAAUUUACGAAUGUUUCGUUUUUAU